AUGAUCACCUUCUGGGGUUUGUUACUUGCUAUUUCUCACCUUACUUCCAUUGCUACCGCAGCGGAUACAGCGGCUUGGAAAUCUAGAAAUAUUUAUUUUGCUCUCACGGAUCGUGUAGCUCGCAGCAGCCAGGAUACAGGAGGCAAUGCAUGCAGCGACCUCUCGAAAUACUGCGGGGGUACCUUUCAAGGCCUUCAAUCAAAGCUUGAUUACAUCGCUGGCAUGGGCUUUGAUGCUAUUUGGAUUACACCUGUCGUAACAAAUAGUGACGGUGGAUACCAUGGAUAUUGGGCUACAGACCUUUACGGCAUCAACUCUAACUAUGGUACUGCGAGCGACUUGAAAGCUCUGGUCCAGGCGGCCCAUGCUAAGGGAAUCUUGAUGAUGGUGGACGUAGUGGCCAACCAUGUAGGACCAGUCGCUAUCUCGGAUCAUAAGCCGGCACCACUGAACCAACAGAGUUCCUACCACACACAAUGCGAAAUCAACUACUCUAACCAGAAUAGCAUAGAGACAUGCUGGAUCGCGGGCCUCCCCGACGUCAAUACUCAGAACUCCGACAUUCGGAAGCUCUACCAAGAUUGGGUCAGCUGGCUGGUAACAGAGUAUGGCUUCGAUGGCGUUCGGAUCGACACCGUCAAGCACGUGGAGAAGGACUUUUGGCCUGGCUUCUCUUCCGCUGCUGGGGUUUAUACCAUCGGUGAGGUCUUUGAUGGUAACCCAACUUAUGUCUCGGGUUAUGCCAGUCUAAUGUCGGGGCUACUAAACUACCCCAUGUAUUACCCAAUGAACAACUUUUACCAGCAAAAGGGAUCGAGCCAGGCCAUGGUCGACAUGUUCAACCAGGUUAGCUCAAUCUUCCCCGACCCAGCAGCACUUGGCUCGUUUCUAGAUAACCACGACAACGCCCGGUGGUUGAAUUCGAAGAAUGAUAUUUCACUCCUCAAGAAUGCACUUGCCUAUGUUAUCCUUGCCAGAGGGAUUCCCAUCGUGUACUAUGGUACGGAGCAAGGCUAUUCGGGCGGGGCUGAUCCUGCCAACCGAGAAGAUCUUUGGCGUAAUAGUUUCAACACCCAGUCGGAAAUGUACAAGGCCAUCUCGAAACUCUCUGCGGCUAGGAAGUCCGCCGGUGGUCUUGCCGGCAAUGACCAAACCCACUUGUACGUGGCAGAUACCGCAUACGCCUGGAGCAGGGCUGGAGGAAACCUUGUCGUUCUUACUACCAACAGCGGCCUUGGAUCAACUUCCAAUCACUGCUUUAACACACGGGUUAACAACAGGUCAUGGAACAAUACGUUUGGCACUGGAACUUAUACCUCAGACGCAAGCGGAAAUGUCUGCGUUAGUGUUAGCAAUGGUGAGCCUGUUGUUCUUAUUGCCUCUUAG